AUGGGAAACUACGCAGACAAACUUCGUGGUCAGGACAUUGUCCUAGUGGGUGCAAGCACAGGGAUCGGCUAUGGUGCUGCCGCAGCGCUCGCCGAUGUUGGCGCCAAAGUGACCAUCAUAUCCUCUUCCCGGUCGAAGACUGAUGCCGCGCUGAAACGACUCAAUUCGCCGGAUGCGAAGGGUGUGGUGGCCGACGUGCGCGACGAGGAAGGAUUCACCAAGACAUUGCAGUCUCUGGCACCCAUCGACCAUCUGGUUUUCUCGGCCGUGGAUAACAUUAUCCGGGGCAAGCUAGAGGAUCUGAGCUUGGACGAUGCGAAGCAUCUCUUUGGUGUCAAGUUCUGGGGUGCCGUGAUUGCGGGAAAAGCGCUAUUGAAAUAUGACAUCGUCCGUCCGGGCGGCUCACUCACACUCACCUCCGGCACCGUAGGCUUAAACCCCGGUAAGGGUGCAGCCGUCGGGGGCGCGCUCAACGGCGGCAUCCUCACUCUAACUAAAGGCCUUGCGAUCGAUCUUGCAGCCAAGAAGAUUCGCGUCAACACGGUCGUGCCAGGGAUCGUCAAGACCGAGCUGUGGGAUAAACUGGGCAAAAGUAUUGAAGAGCAGAAGGAAAUGGUCUACCAGGCGAGUCAGAGUCUGCCAGUCGGAUUUGUGGCAACGCCGGAACAUAUUGCAGAGGCAUAUCUGUACACAAUCCGGGCGGAUUAUGCGACGGGGACAUUAAUCACAAUCGGCAAGUCACAGCAACUUUGUUUUUGUGGGCACAGAGAUGAUUUUGUCUGGUAUCACGAUCUUCACGUUCUGGACGUGGCUCUUAAGCCGCAGAGGCUUAAGAAGAUCGAGUAG